AUGAAAUGCCAAUAUUGCGAAGCGGCAGAGCUCCUGAUAGAGUGCAUAACAUGCGGAAAGUGUUUCUGUAACUCACGCAGUGCCUCGUCCAUAUCGCAUAUAGUAUUCCACCUUGUGAAGGCAAAGCACAAGUCGAUCAGGAUCAAUGGAGAUAUAAAGUGCAGGAAGUGUGGAGAAGAUAAUUUGUUCAAACUUCUUGAGAAUGGUGGGAAGAUUUUCUGUAAUGGAUGCAGCUCCGGUAAGAUGCUGGUUGAAGAGAGAUGCCUUACUAUAGUCAAAAGCCCCGAAGUCCAAGGAAGAAGACUGACCAAGCAGCAGAUGGCAGAGAUGGAGGAGAGGAAUGUAUCGCCGCUGCCCCAUGUCAAGCCAAGGUUUGAGGCCAAGGAAUAUGUCGAAGUAUUUUCCUCUCUGAUAGAGGCGGAGUGUCGGAAGGAAAGAGAAAUAAAGGAAUCCAUGCGGCAGGAAAAUGUGUUUGUCCGAUGGGAGAAGAUGAAGUACUGCUACUUUUACUUCCAGAACGGAGACAGUGAGUUGAAGAUCAACGUUGGAGACGAGAUCAGAUUAACUCAUAAAAGCGGGCUGGUCCUGCAUGGGUUUGUCAGCGGAGAGACGUUUAGCGAGGAGCUGAAGGUGGAAAUUGAAACACCUGGUGACUAUCCGAGAAGUGGAUACACCGUUGAGUAUCUUUGGAGAGGAGUAUGCUAUGAAAGAAUGGUAUGGGCCUUGAAAAAGCUAUAUAGCACAUACAAGAGAGAGGUCGACAGGAACAAAAGAAACAGGAACAAGGAUGAUGGCAAGAAGUUGGAGGAUAAAGGGAUAGACGAGGGCAAAGAUCCAGACAAGAAGAAAUCGAUGUAUGGAGUUGAGGGAGACGUUGGAGUGGACAGAAGAAAGGGAGUGAGAGCAAAGAAAAGCCUUGAUGAGGGACCGUCGAUAUUUGAAUAUAUCUUGAAGGGGCACAAGGAAGGGAUUGGAAACUUUGAUCAUAUUUUUUCAUCUCCAAACCUUCCAAAACUCAACGCCUCUCAAGAAGUAGCCGUUAGAGCAGCUCUUGGAAGGAAGGUGACACUGAUACAAGGCCCCCCUGGAACUGGAAAGACCCUGGUAUCAUCUGCAAUCGUUUACAACCUGGUAAGGCAUUACGGAGGAAAGGUUCUUGUUGUUGCCCCAAGCAAUACUGCAGUAGACCAACUUACUCUGAAGAUCCACAAGACGGGACUAAGGGUUCUACGAGUGAUGAGUAGAAGGAGAGAGUACGGGCAAUCUGAUGUAAGCUUUCUGUCUCUCCAUGAGAACCUGAGGGAGCUGCAGGAAGGAAGAAAGAGGAAGGACGAGGACCAUAGCAGGUAUGAUAGUAUUUAUAAUGACGAAGUUAACGAGUCGUUAAAGAAACAGCUUCUCAACCAGGCAGAAGUUAUCACAUGUACGUGCGUAACAUCAGGGCAGAAAAUGUUCAACAGAUUCAAGUUUCACUGUGUACUGAUCGAUGAGGCUGUUCAGUCAACAGAGCCGUUGAGCCUUAUUCCGUUAGUGUAUGGGUGCAAAAAGCUUGUGCUUGUUGGGGACCAUAAACAGCUAGGACCCACGAUUUUGUGCAAGAAAGUGGCGCAGGCAGGAUUCAAGCAGAGUUUAUUUGAGAGACUGAUUUCAAUCGGCGUAGUCCCAUAUAUGUUAUCGGUCCAAUAUAGAAUGGAUGCGGACCUUUGCGAGUGGCCAUCGGAGAUGUUCUACAAUGGAGAGCUCCUCACUGGAGGAAAGAACUUCUGCAGAUUUGAUCUGGGGAUUCCAGUCAAUUUCUUCUAUGUAUGCUAUGGAAGGGAGGAGGUGAGUGCAAGUGGGACCUCUUUUGUUAAUCAAGCUGAGGCCCUGUAUUGCGAAAGUAUAAUAAGGCACUUAUUCAAGUGUGGUGUCACCGAAAGCCAGAUAGGUGUGAUAACGCCAUAUGAAGGACAAAGAUCGUAUAUUCUGAAUAGGAUAUUCGGGGCUGAACCAGGGAAUCUUGAGAUAAGCAAUGUCGAUGGUUUCCAGGGAAGAGAGAAGGAUUUUAUAAUAGUUAGUCUCGUCCGGAGCAACUUAUACCAAGGGAUAGGAUUUGUUGGGGAUAAAAGAAGGAUGAACGUAACACUAACAAGAGCAAAGCACGGGCUGGUGAUAAUAGGAAACCCAAUGACUCUAAUGAAACAUGACAUGUGGGGCAAUCUCCUAUCGUUCUACGACCGGAAGGGGCUUGUGAUGGAAGGUCCUUUGCACAAUCUCAAAAGAGUUAUUAUAAAGCCGCCUAAGCUCUUUGAUUUUAAGGAAAUAAGCAAAUCUCUUAUGAAUCAGAUAUAA